UGCAUGAACCCUUCUCUCCCUCCAUACCCUCAACUGCUUAACUGCUCUGAUACUUCUGCCUGUGCAUCUCUCACAGAAAUGAAUCUCCUGGGCAUCACUUUGGUUCUGGGACUUCUGGCGGUGGUACGGUCUCAGAUGGUCAAUGUGGUACGACCGCAGUGCGACUCCCCUGAAGCAGAGGAGGCUGCUCUGGUGGCUCAGGAUUACCUCAAUGCCCAGCACACUCAUGGCUACAAGUAUGCACUGAACAAGAUCGACGACAUCAAGAUCUAUACCAAGCCUGAUGGGGACAACACGUAUUUGCUGGAAGUUGACCUGCUGGAGACAGACUGUCAUGUGUUGGAUCCCACACCACUUGCCAACUGCACAGUCAGGCCCAAAAUAUUGACGGCAGUAGAAGGAGACUGUGAUGUGGUGCUGAAGAAGGUUGGCGGAGCUCUGACUGUCACAGCUUUCAAGUGUAAAACAGAAGAAUCAACAGAGGACUGGUGCUUGGACUGUCCUACCCUCCUUCCCCUAAAUGACACCACAGCACUGGACUUUGUCCAUGCCUCUUUGGCAACCUUCAACAACAUGACUGUGAAUGAAACUUAUGCUGUUAUGGAGGUUGGAAGGAUGUCAUCACAGGUUGUGUCUGGUGGGCCAAUCUAUUUCGCAGAAUAUGUUGUAGUUGAGGCUAAUUGCACUGAUGAUGCCUGCGUGCCGCUACAUGACCCCAUGGCUGUACGUGGUUUUUGUACUGCCAAAGGUUUGAGCACUGAUCACACAGUGGACUGCAAGAUAUUUUCAACUCUGAUGCCUGUUGUAGAUGCCAACAGCACUGUAGCAGAUGCAAACAGCACUGUAGCAGAUGCAAACAGCACUGCAGGUGCAAACAGCACUGCAGGUGCAGGUCCUGCCAGUCCACCAGUGGUCCACGUACACACAGGCAGUCUGGCACCCAAGCAUGGUCUGAGCCACCACAAACUGACAGCUCUCCAUGACCCUCAGCUAAGCGGCCUACUGUCUGCAGAAUCAGCAGAGUCAGCUGAAGUGGUACCUGUAGCCCCUGCAGUGGCUGUUGCUGGAGCAGCUGCUGAUCCUGCUCUAGCUGCUGAUCCUGCUCCAGCUGCUGAUGCUGGAUCAGCCUCAGAUUCCUCAGCCAGUGCUGAGGUCCCUUUGGUUUUAUUCAAAAGAGAUGUACCUGCUGCACCCGCCUCUGUUGUGGUUGACAGCUCUGCGAUUAAAACAGACCCCACUGCUCUUGUGCCACUGUGUCCAGGAAGGAUCAGAUUCUUUUGAGUCUUCAGGUCCCACAUACUCUUUACUUGCUGCUUUCAGCAACACAAGAGUAAUUCAUGACCUUAAUUGAUAAAUGAGCAUGUCCUGUAGGUAGAUGCAACACCAAUAUACUUCCUAAAAACACUAUCCCCUUGUUUGAAAUUGUCAAAUUACACUAGCAUUAUGCAUGGCAAAACUCUAAAAUAUCUGUAAAAUGAAUAUAAAAGAUUUGUAUUUGAUGCUGCAGAAUAAAUCUCUCAAGUCAAA